CAGCCUCCGUUUGAAACGUGGGGGAGCACGUGGUGAAGCUAGUCCCAUAUAAAUCUGCCUGCAACCGGCAGCCAGUUAAUAUUGUGUACUGGCACGCGCGCUCACACGGACCAAGGAGGGACUGCGACUUUCUCAUUUGUUUUUUGGUAGAACGGGAUGGAGGGACGCGUAAAUACUAUUCUGAUUUAUUGAAAGGGAUAAUACUUUUUAUCCACUUCUCGUACUUAUUUUGUCACAUACAAUCUAAGUCCCUCCGCUGGUUCCCUGGCCAAUCGUUGACACGUAAAAGUUGUGCGCUAACGUUUUUUUGUAACUCGACCGACACCUUCCGUGCGCCAGGACGGGGGAGCUUAAACAGACUGAGCAACGGUGUGCUGUGGGACGAGGCGAUGCACGGCGCGGCGUGAGGAGCUCUUGGAGUUUAUCUUGUGAGGGAAGUGAAAGGCAGGCUUGUGUGGAGUGCGGAACUGGACCCAGUUGGACAGCUUUGGGUGCUCUGAUGCGGUGGAGGUGUGCGUUAACCCGCAGGCUGCGUGUCUGUGUCCAGCUACUGGAGAUUGCGACCUAGUCGGUUGUGGUUUGUUUUGCCUGAGCAUUAGGAAGAGUUUACUGGGGAUUUUUUAUGGCAGUAGUCAAGUCUAUGACAUUUCCAGACAUAAGAAACGUUUGUAUGGCAUUUGUGUAGGUUCACUAUGAAGUGAUCGGAUUUGUGGAGUCAGGAUCCGACUUCGUCUUUCCAGCUAUUCAUCUCCUGCCUAACGGAUUUUACAGAUCAUUUCACGUCUUCAAUUUCUUUUUGCUGGAUGGAUUUUCAGGUAUAAUUUAAACAAUUUUAAGCAAGCUUGACGUUGGCUAACGGUAUACAAAGUGGCAGUGAUAUCGAAACAAAAAAGGGCUCAAUCAACUAAAGGGAACCACCAGAGAAUAUAUAUUUUAUAGUUUUCGUUUUGUCAUACCUGGUACGCGUCGAAAUGAGUAUAUCCUUAUAUUUAAUUUAAGUAGUGUCAAUAGUUACACGUCACCAAAAUCAGUUUUACCCACAGAACCAAGACGCUGCUGCUUCGUAGACCGUUUGGAGAGUUAAAGAUGAACUUGUGCGUCCUCACUCUCCUUUUGACCCUGGAUUUAGCCACUGUUGCCCUCAGCCUGUCCACAUGCAGCACGCUGGACAUGGACCAGUUCAUGAAAAAGCGGAUCGAAGCCAUCCGAGGGCAAAUCCUGAGCAAGCUCAAGUUAACGAGUCCGCCGGAGACGUACCCGGAGCCCGAGGAGGUGUCCCGGGACAUCAUAGCGAUCUACAACAGCACUCGGGACCUGCUUAAUGAGAAAGCCAACGAGCGGGCAGCGACUUGCGAGCGUCAGCGCAGCGAGGAGGAGUAUUACGCCAAGGAGGUGCACAAAAUCGAUAUGCAGUCUAUCUUCCCCUCGGGCGAGAUAACAAGAAAGAGCUGUCCCCGUCAACUCUGGACUCCGCACAAAAAUUAUGUCAUCUCGCACACGCAUUACAACCCGUACUUCAGGCGCCUGCGCUUCGACGUGAGCUCCAUGGAGAAGAACGCGUCCAACCUGGUCAAGGCCGAGCUGCGCGUCUACAAGAUGCAGAACUCGGACGCCCGCGUCGCCGAGCAGAGGAUUGAACUGUAUCAGAUCCUGAGCCACAAGGACCUGACGUCGCCGACGCAGCGCUACAUCGACAGCAAGGUGGUGCGACCGCGCACCGACGGGGAGUGGCUAUCCUUCGACGUCACGGAGGCCGUCAGCGAAUGGCUGCUGCACAGGGACAGAAACAAUGGAUUCAAGAUCAGCCUCCAUUGCCCCUGCUGCACGUUUGUGCCCUCCAACAACUACAUCAUCCCCAACAAGAGUGAGGAGCUGGAGACACGCUUCGCUGGUAUUGAUGCGGGCUCCAUGCAGAGUGGGGACCUGAAGGUGUUUAAGAAGCGGCGGCAGGCGACUGGCCUGGCCCCCCACCUGCUCAUCAUGCUCCUGCCCUCCUACCGCCUGGAGUCGCAGCACAAGAGCCACCGCCAGAAACGCGCCCUCGACGCCGCAUUCUGCUCCAGGAAUGUCCAGGACAACUGCUGCCUGCGCUCCCUCUACAUCGACUUCAAGAAGGACCUGGGCUGGCGGUGGAUCCACGAGCCUAAGGGCUACCACGCCAACUUCUGUGCCGGGGCCUGCCCGUACCUGUGGAGCGCAGACACUCAGCACACAAAGGUGCUGGGUCUGUAUAACACCAUAAACCCGGAGGCCUCGGCCUCCCCGUGCUGCGUCUCUCAGGACCUGGAGCCACUCACCAUCCUCUACUUCAUCGGCAAGACCCCCAAGAUAGAGCAGCUCUCCAACAUGAUCGUCAAGUCCUGCAAGUGCAGCUAGGAAACCGACCCACCGGAUGGACACACACACACACACACACACACAUACACACAGACACAGACACAUGCACGCAGACACAUGCACAUACACACACACACACACAUACACACAGACACACACACACAUGCACACACACACAAACAUAAAAACACAAACACACACACACACACAAAAACACAAACACACACACACACACACACACACACACACACACACACACACACACACACACACACACACACACACACACACACACACACACACACACACACACACACACACACUGAUAUGGGCACAGACACUCUCUCCGAUGCUGUCCUGCUUGCACAGAUUUCAGAGCAUGCUGUGCCAACAGGGAUGUUAAGGUACAAACAUAUCCGUAAACAAACAAUCAGAACACGUAAACACACUCACACACAUAAAUAAACACCUACAAAUACAGCCAUCCGUUCACACACACACACACACACACACACACACACACACACACACACACACACACACACACACACACACACACACACACACACACACACGCACACACGCACACACAGGCACGGGCAAACACAAACAUACUCACACAAAGACGAGAGCGUAGAGUGUGGAGUAUGCUUGUGUGUCCGUGGAGAGUGUGUGUGUGUGUGUGGGGGAGUGUGUGUGCGUGUGUUAGCACACAUCCCCCCCAUUACAUCCCGUCCCACCACCCGGCCUCUCCACCCACCCUCCCCUCGCACUCAUCACACUCCAAAGUGAGUUCAGCAAAACACUGGAAGAAUACGAGUUAAGUGUCUUUAUGUGAAAUACGUAGACCCCAGAAUAUCCUUGUUUUUCACAGUCGCAGAGUCAAGCCAAUGUUUCUUUUCUUUUCAUUUCUUCUCGAUCUUUGUUUCAUUCUCUCCAUCUCUGCCUUUCCCUGUAUGUUUGUUUGUUUUCUUUGUCAUUUCGUUGCACCCUUUUGAGAUGCAACCCAGUUGUUGAUUUUUAAUUUGUACCCUCCGUUUCUUUACUUCCCUUUUGUUGCUACCCAUUGCUUCAUGACAGUGAUAUUUAAAAAAAAACAAAAACCCAGUGUUUGGUUUUCAGGUUGAUGAGAACCUCUGUUGAGCAAUAUGAAUAAGGGCUUUUCUCUAGCUGUACAGGAAGAGUGAGGUAACCACGAGUUAAUUAAAAAGGGAGUUAAUUGAUAAAUUAACAAGCACAGUUUAAUGAGUCAAUCAACAGUAAUAUUUCAUAAUGGACCUCUUCCUCCUCUUUCUCUGCAAUGGUGGAAAAAAAAAGAAUGGAAAACACAGAGGUGUUUUCCUCUAUUUUGUACAUGUACGGAUUCAUAAGUAUGGUAAUGGCAGUCAUGUUUGGCUUCGUCGGCCAUUUUGCCUUGUUCACACCAAGAGCGACCUACGCUAACUGAACGACGGAAGUCAUUAUUUUUCUAUGGAGGGCACGUGACCAGCGUGACCAGAGCCAAUUUGGCGAAUUUGCCAGGAGCAAAGCAAACUAAGCUACCAGAGCGAAUUUUAGCGAUAAAAAGUCAGCUAAUAUUAUAGUAAAGAGCUAUGACGCGGUUCGACAAAAUCCAAUUGGAAUGUUCAUAACUCUGAAUGUCCCAGGCUGUCAAGCCUGAGCCGUUAUGUGAUUAGCUAAAUUGAACAUGUCAAUUUCACAUCCAGAGCGAAUACAGUGAAUUCAAGGCGAAACUUCUUCUGCUACCCCUGCUACAAGGCAGCGUAGGUCGCUCUUGUUGUGGACAAGGCAUUUUGCUGCAAAAGCAUACUCACCUUAAGGGCUGGAGGGAAGUGAUGCUGAAGAUAGUUUAUUAUUGUAAAGGUCGCUAGAAGAAGGGAUAGGCAUUCUAGAUGUAUAGUCAGUGAUAAGCAGGCAUGUGUAGAGUUGUUGUUGAUUUUGUUUUGUUUUGUUUUGUUUUGUUUUUGAAUUUUGUUCCUCUCGAGAAUUCUUAAUUUGAUACUGUAAUGAAAUGUGACGGUUACGACACAUUCACAAUUGUUCGUGCACGCUCACUCACAACCAUCACACACACACACACACACACACACACACACACACACACACACACACACACACACACACACACACACACACACACACACACACACACACACACACACACACACACACACACACACACAAUCUUGUCCAGAAUUGCUGUCAGGUGAAGUAAUGAUGUAAAUCCACUCAAACAAACCCCCAUCUGCCCAGACCCCUCCUCCUAUUUCAACUUUGACCAAUCAAAAAAAGGGAUUUCUCCUGCCAGUGCCUUUGGCUUUUGCCGGCCAAUUUUUUGUAUUAACAAUCCUCUUUGUUGCGCAAGAGUUCCAUGCAGUCCAGGAAAAGACUCGUGUGCCCCUUCCAAAAACCUCUAAACCACACUGACCCCCAUCGCAUCGCUUUGACACACACAGGAAGUGAUGUCAUGGCUUUGGCUGCACAGGGGAGAUGAUGACGGAAUGAUGUCACCGUCCACACACAAGCGUUGAUGUCAUCUGCAGCUGAACGUGUUUGUGUGUGUGUGUGUGAGUGUGUGUGCGUGCAUGUGUGCGUGUGUGUGUAACAGAGAGAGAGAGAGAGAGAUAGAGAGGGGGAGAGAGAGGAGAGAAGAGAGAGAGGCUGAUAGGGGCUGUCAUCACACAUAAAAACACAUACACACACCCUGUGCCAGUGACGGGAUUAACUCACACACAGAUUAUCAGGUGUCUGAUGACGGCACACCCUUAGUGGAUCCUAGAGAGACUGGGCUGAAGGUCACACAAGGUCACUCACUGAGUCACUCACAUUGUUUAUUCAGAUACUGACCUUGCAUUCAACAUUGAACAGAAAGAGUACUAUCGGUAUGUGCCAAGAAUGACAUUUAGAUGUUGUUCACAUUUUUUUAAAACAAAUAAUUAAUGUCUUGAACAUUGGCUCCAAAUCUGUGGCUGCCUGUGUUGAUAUUUUUUUUGUCUGUCAAUCAUAUUCCAGAAGAUUUUAGUCCAUUUGUCCUCUUCCCCCUUAUUUUGUAUGCAAGGGGUCAAAGCUCCCCUCUCUAUAAAAGUAUUAAGGACCCCAACAUCCCCUUCCAAGGGCCAUGGAACAACAGCGCAAAAAGAAAGGAAAACUUUGUCACAGAAGAAUUGCACUGAUGCUAUUUGUAUUCUGUCAUUUUUUUUAUUUCUAUCUACCAUGUGUCUUCCUUGUUUAUUUGUUUUUUUCCCUUUGGUCUAUUUUUUCUAUAGUUAGGGACCCCCUACUUAUAUUACGUUGAGUGGCGAUGACAGCAGCAGUAAGAUUUGUAGGUGACACUAUUGUCCAGCUCAUUCUAUAAACACCCCUACCCUGCCCCAGCCUGCCCCCCACACCACCAUAUCCUGCCCCACCGAACUUCACCCCUCCCCGACCCCCACCCCCAUUUUUGGGCACCAGUGCCAGUGGACUUCCUGGCUAAACAGGAAGUGGAAGGAGGCAGCAGCAUUGUCAUUGGUCGAGCUGUUUUUAUUAUUGAUUGUUGUCUGAUGUUUUUAUUUUUUUGUUUUUGUUUUUGUUGUUGUUGAUCUUGACCCACUCUGAUGAUGUAACACAUUAUUGUUGUGGUGCUCUAGUGGUAAAUAAAUUAUUUAAGUUACAAGGGAA